AGCAGCAUCAUGCAUGGUUCUCUACGGUUAUGAUGCAUCCGUCUUCAAUGCUGUACAGGGAUCCAAGCACUGGGUCGCUUACUUUGACAAGCCCAGUCUCCAAACCAUUGGUGCCAUCAACACUGCUUACACUGUCGGAGCUAUCGUCGCUGGUUGGUUCAUGGGUGGACCCAUUGCUGAUUACUUCGGUCGUCGUGUUGGUAUGGCUUCCGGUGCCACCCUCGUUAUCAUCGCCACAUUCAUCCAGACCUUCACACCUCGUCACAACCUAGCAUGCUACAUCGUCGGUCGUGUCGUUGUCGGUCUCGGACAAGGUCUUGCUCUGACUGCCGGACCCAUCUACAUUGGAGAACUCGCUCCCUCGGAGAUUCGUGGAAAGAUCAUGUCUUUCUGGCAGAUGUUCUACAGUGUCGGUUCCUUCAUCGCCUACUGGGUCAACUUUGCUUGCUCGAAGCACAGAGCCGAACUUGGCGAGUGGGACUGGAGAAUGGUCACCAUCUUCCAACUCCUCAUGCCCGUCCUCAUCCUGUCUCAAGUCUUCUUCAUCCCCGAGACCCCUAGAUGGUACCUCCAGCACGGUGACGACGGCACCAAGGCCAAGCAAUCCUUGAUGAAGGUCCGCGACACCGAGCAAGAAGUCGACGAUGAAAUUCUCAUGAUCAAGGAAGCCCUCGAGUUCGAAAAGGAAGCCAUCUCCAGCUCAUACUCUGCCCUCUGGAAGGACCCUUCAGUCCGCAAGCGUCUGCUUCUCGCAUUCGUCCUCAACGCCGGUCAACAGAUUACAGGUCAAGGCACACUCAACACCUACAGCACAAUCAUCUACAAAAAGGUCUUCGCCAGCGACUCCACCAUCGCCCUCAUCAACGCCCUCAACGCCACCUUCGCCAUCUUCUUCACCAUGAACGCCACCUGGACCGUCGACCGCUUCGGCAGAAAAUUCCUCCUCAUCAUCGGUGCCCUGGGCAUGGCAAUGUGCAUGGUCAUCGUCGCAGCCGUGGUGACAGAAACACCCGGCGGCAACACAAAAUCCGAGCCCGUGGGUAUCGCCGUGGUCUUCCUACUCUUCCUCUUCGCCUUCUUCUACAAGCCUUCAUGGGGCGCCACGGUCUGGAUCUGGACGGCGGAGAUUUUCUCCAUGAACGUCCGCGCUCAAGCUGUCGGUAUGGCUUCACAGACGCAGAAUGUUGCCAACCUUAUCGUCCAACAGUUCUUCCCCACUUUCUUGAACAACUGCGGUUUCUACGCUUUCUACAUGUUUGCCGGAAUCAACUUGUUGCUUGCGGUGUUUGUCUGGUUCUGCAUUCCCGAGACCAAGAACGUUACGUUGGAAGAGAUUGACACUCUGUUCGGUGGUCAGAACCACGUGGAGAAGGGUGGAGACAUGAUGGGUGUCAUCGAUGCCAGACACGCCGAGGGAGAGAAAUUCGGAGUCGAGCACAUUGAUGAGAUCAGAGAAGACAGAAGAUGAUUGUGAUGUAUAUAUUGGUUGUUUAUGAUGGACAUGAUGGUUUUUUUUGCUUUGAUAUCCCAGAGUGUUUGAUACUGUCAAGCAUCGCA